UCCUGUAUAUGUUUUCCCAUAAUAUCUAUAUUUAUUUCUUGAAAUUUCUGAAGAACCUGAUCAAAUAGUAGAGGUGAUGGCAUAAUAACUUGAUUUCUCUGUCAAUUUUUCACAUGAAUCAUCAUAAGCAAAGAGGAUUAAAUUGACCAUUAUAUGAUGGGCUUCUGUGUGAAUUUGUGUGGCUUCUUGGUCUUCUUCACUUCAUGGCUUCUAGUUUUUUGUUCUUCUUCUUAUGGACAGGAUCAGCCAAGUAUCAUCUUACAUGACAGCAUCAAUGUCUCUGCAACAAAACUUGACCCUUAUGAUUGGAGUUACAUUAGAGUAAAGCUGCCGCCUUUUUUCUCUUCAACCUCCAUUGCAAUAUACACAGAUGACCAUAAAAGCAGAUUUGCGGAUGGAAGAAGUAAGUUGCCGAUUAUUUGUUUCCGAGAUGGUGGUCCUCCUCUUCCAGAUGUUUACAGUGCUCAUAUAAAAGAUUUAGCUCUAAGUCGCUAUGCUGGUUUAUCUUCCGGAGGAACAGAAUAUAUUCGGAAUAUGAAACAAUGCUAUCCUCUACAAAGAAACGUUACUUUUGAAUUGAUAUAUGGACAGAUCCCACCAGGCGAUUAUUAUGUUGGGAUGUUCAAUGGCAUUGGACUUAUAAGAACACAAUCCAAGAUGAUCAAUAGAGGCCCGAAAUACACCUUCAAUGCCAAUAUAAUUGUGGAAAGAUGUUCAGAUGUUGCGAUGCGGGGACAUUACUGUAAUCAAACUAUUCAAGAACUUUCAUGCCUACGUUCUGGAAUAUUAGACGGAAGUAAUGUUGCUUGCAGGAUUUCUUCUAAUUCUUUCUGCCAUCGGAACAUGGAUCCAAAGGUCUACUCUAUCAGUGUACCAGAAAUAGCACAGACGUUGAUGAUUACAGCCGAAAAUGUCAGUUUCAAUCAAACUUCUUGGGAAGCCAGAGAAUAUACAUUAACUUGUUAUGCUCGGUACAAUGCAGUUCCGGAAAGAAGUCUAUAUGAUCAUCAUGUUGACAUAAGUAUGACCCCCUUGGUUAUUCAGUCAGUAAAGGUUGGUACUUGGUAUUUCGUAAUUCAGCCUGUAUAUCAGUCUAAUGGAUCCACGGUGACGUUACAAGACAACCAGGAACUUUGUUAUUCAAUGGAGUGGGAAGUACUUAAAUGUCCACAAGGGAAGUCAGGAUCAAACUGUACAUGGCAGGCACAUGUGCUUCAGGGAUUUCCAACAGGAAAUUCAACCGUUCCUUUUAUUUAUUAUCCAGAAGGUUUACAGAUGUCUGCUGGAUCAUAUAAUUUCCCUCUGGAGCCUCUUUUAAGCAAUUCCUUGGCUCGAAACGGGGCGGAAUUUGGUUGGACUUACUUUUUCUUAAACACUUCUCAAGCUGCAACAGGGAGAAAUAUUCACAUUCAGAUUCUAUCAGCCACAAGAAUACAUUUUGAGAUAUAUGUUAGAUAUGGAGGAUUACCAUCUCUUGACAUGUGGGAUUAUCGAUACUCGAAUUUUACUGCCAAUGGCAACAAUGACUCCAUGUUUAAAUUGUAUGAUAUAACUCAAGAAAGAAUCAACUUUUAUAUCUUGUAUCCUAGAGAAGGACCCUGGACAAUUGGACUAAGGCAUCUGGUCUCUAAUUUAAAUCUUUCCAAUACUCAAACGACAAUGUCUGUAUCGAUCGAAAUCUGUCCAAAUCAAUGCUCCGGUCGUGGAACAUGUCACUCUCGAACAGAUGCAACUGGAUCGGCUUCGGUUUCUUACUGUUAUUGCCAGUGUAACAGAAAUCAUGGUGGAUUUGAUUGCAGUUUCGAGAUAGUGUCACGACAAGCGCGAAUAUGGCAUUCGUUUUUUCUCAUUGCAUCGAAUGCUGCAGCAAUACUUCCUGCACUUUUUUCCCUCCGGCGCAAGGCAUAUGCAGAAUGGAUAGUUUUCAUGUCCAGUGGAGUCUCAAGUGCUUUAUAUCAUGCAUGUGAUGUAGGUACCUGGUGUGCUCUAUCUUUUCAUGUCCUACAGUUUAUGGAUUUCUGGCUCUCUUUCAUGGCUGUGGGAAGCACUGUUAUAUAUAUAGCGUUUGAAAGUGAAGUUGCUAAGAGGGCCCUUCACAGCAUUUUAACCAUUGUGACAGUCCUUUUAGCCCUAAAUGGUAUGACAAGGUCAAGAAACGUCGUUAUUGUACUGUCAUUAGGGGCUCUAGGCCUUCUUGUUGGAUGGUUAAUGGAAGCUUGUACUAGAUACAAGUCGAUUUAUAUAUCGCUGUCAUCUCCAGCAACGUCACAUUCAAACAUUUUCGAAAGCUUUUACAGAAGGAGAACUCCAAGCUUAUGGAUCAGUAAUCUUGUAAAGACGAUUUAUUUACAAUUCCAUUGGAGUUUUGUGCUGCUGGGUUUCAUUGCAUUGUCUCUGGCUAGUACAAGCUGGUUGUCUGAAAACUCUGAGAAUUACUGGCUAUGGCACAGUUUGUGGCACAUUGCAAUAUAUACAUGCUCCUUCUUCUUCCUUCGCUCCAAAGCUGCUGCUGCUGCUGCUGCUACUCAAAAUGGUGAGCGUCAAGUAGCUCCAUUGAUGGUUUCUGAACUGGCUCAUCUGAAUCCAGUGCCAUCAUCAUGAACCAGAAACAGAUACAAUUAUAUAUCAUUUAUACAAAAAUAUAUUACAUUUUGUAGUUGAAGUGUGGGUUUUGUCAAACAGGCACAAUAUUAAUAUUAAACCCCAACCA